AUGGCCCUUCUCCUUUCAGAAUGGAUUUUCUUGGACGACGUCGUCGAUCGGUCGUCGGCGCACGGGAUCCUCGUCUCAGCAUCCUCCCUGAUCCUAUUGGCAACCGCGACUGUAAGUUUGCUACUGGCUGCAACAAGCGACCCCGGAAUCAUACCAAGAAACCCGGUGUCACCGUCUGAAGAAGAUGGAACAGGUGCUGCCAGAAGUGCUCCGAGCCGGUUCAUCGUCGUCAACGGUGUCGAGAUGAGGCUGAACUUUUGCCGGGCCUGCAAGAUCAACCGCCCUCCGAGAAGCUCCCACUGCGCCGUCUGCGACAACUGCGUCGACAAGUUUGAUCACCACUGCCCCUUGAUAAGCCGGUGCAUAGGACUGACGAGCCAUGAGAUGGAGAAAGGAAGGUAUCGCAGCUCGCCCAAUCCUUACGACAAGGGAGCUCUGGCAAACAUCAGGGAGUGCCUGUUUGAGAAGCUGCCGCCUCCUAGAAUCGACUUCAGAGCCGCGGCCGAGCCAAACCUGGGUCAGGCCGCCGGCGGCGAGAGCGAGGACGGCGAGCUCUCCCACUCCUUCAGCUGA